CGUCCAGAAAUCACCAUCAUGCCGUCACAUAGACACAGCAACACCAGUAAGCACACUGGUCACCGGAUGUCACACCACACAUUCUCACACUACCCCGAUGACCAGGUCCUGCACUUCUACCGCUGGACUUCGCCACCAGGCGUGAUGAAGAUCCUGAGCAUCAUCAUCAUCAUCAUGUGCGUGGCGUUGUUUGCGUGUGUGGCAUCCACACUGGCGUGGGACUACAACAUGGACGCCAUGGGAUUAGGGGGCCUGGGCAUGGGUAUGGGUAUGGGCAUGGGUGGGAUGGGUUCCGGAACCGGAGGAGGGUACUAUGGAGCGAAUAUGUACGGAGGUGGUGGCAUGGGAAGUUCAUACGGUUAUGGAGGCUACGGUGGCUACUACAUGGACCCCUUGACGGGCAAGGGCUUCAUUAUCGGCAUCGCAGCCAUCACGUUUAUCGCCGUGCUGGUCAUCUUCAUCCUGGUGAUUUCAAGGCAAAAGACGGCCAGGUCGACCACGUUCUAUUUGGCGAGUAUCAUCAUCUGUGCCAUCCUCGCCUUGUUCAUGCUCAUCGCCAGCGUGGUGUACCUGGUGGCCGUCAACCCCAUGGCUCAGAGCAGUGGGUCCAUGAUGUACAACAUGAUGUGGCAGCUGUGUGGCCAGUUUCAGAACCAGCAGCAGGCGUCAGCGCUUUUCAUCAACCAGUACAUGUACCACUACUGCGUGGUGGAACCUCAGGAGGCUAUCGCUAUUGUUCUGGGGUUCCUGGUGGGCAUCGGCCUCAUCAUUAUGUUGGUGUUUGCUGUGAAAACUCGCUCCCAGAUGAACCGGUACGGCCGAAACCGUGUACUCUGGGAGGAACCAACACACUUUAAGGAUGGCUUAUCACAAGGUGUAGAGAAAUGGGUGACUGACGUGUCUGGGGAUCCGGAAGUUAUGGUGAAUGGCUACAACAGUCAAAUCGGUGCGUCGCGUCAUUAUCUUGACCAAACCCCAGACCUGGAUAAACCACUCUAUCUGCCCGGCAGCUCCGACACGACCAGCACAACGAUCGUGUUGAAAGGUAAACACAAAGACUACGAUACAGGAGCCGAGUCGGCUGAUGAGCUGGACGAUACGAACUACAACAGUGAGUUCCCGGCCAUCAUGAACGAUAACAAGAGGCUGGAAUACAAGCAGCAGUACGACCAAGACCACAUGGAGUACAAGCGCCUGCAGCUGGAGUUAGAAGACGUUAACCAGGGCCUGGCCGAUGCAGACAGAGAGCUUGAUGAGCUGGAGGAAGGAAGCCCACAGUUCCUGGACGCAAUGGAAAUGUACACAAGUUUGAAGAACUUGAAGAGGUCACCGGAUUACCAACUGAGGAAGAAGAGAUGCAAACAGCUUAAAGCCAAGCUUUCCCUGAUCAAAAGGAGGGUGAGCGAUUACGAUCGGAGACCAUAA